AUGGGAGCUUGUUUCUUCACUCUUUUUAUCACCUUCAUCUUCUCUACUACUCUCUUUGUUGUUGCUCUCAAUCGUUAUUCUAAGAAAAGAAGUCACCAGCUUCCCCCAAGCCCCCCACAAUUCCAUUCUUCGGCAACCUUCUAUGGCUCAAAGCCCUUAAUCGUUAUUGCCAGUCACUCCCUUGCCCAUCAGGCUUUGAUUGCUAACGGUGCCAUCUUCGCAGACCGUCCCCAAGCAAUUGCCACAGAAAGUGCGCGUAAAUGGGCCUUGGAUGCACUCCUCAACCGCCUUAAGUCUCUCUCAUCAUCUGAUGAAUAUCAUCACACUGAAAUAAGGGAUCAUAUACAGCAUGCACUCUUCAGUUUGUUCACUUUUAUUUGUUUUGGUGAGAAGCUUGAAGACAUGAAAAUUCAAGAUAUCAAGAACCUGCAGCGACGCCUGCAAUCGAGUUUUGACGAAUUCAAAGUACUCAAUUUGUUUCCAUGUUUGGGGAAAUUUGUCUUUCUCAAGCGAUGGGAAAAGCUUCGUCAGCUUCGACAGGAUCAGGAAAAACUAAUGGAAAACAGGAAAGUUGAAGAAAAGGAAAUUGUGACAUUAUGCUCUGAGUUCUUCACUGCAGGCAUUGAUACUACUUCCACAGCUCUAGAAUGGAUAAUGGCUAAUUUGAUGAAGCACCCACAUAUCCAAGACAAGUUAUUCAAGGAAAUCAAAGGGGUUAUCUCAGACGGGGAAGUAGAGAUUAAGGAUGAAGAUUUGAGGAAGAUGCCAUAUCUUAGAGCCAUUAUCUUAGAAAGUUUAAGGCGUCAUCCUCCUAGCCAUUUUCUAAUCCCACUUACCGUAACAAAAGAUGUUGUUUUGGGUGGGUUUUUAGUUCCAAAGAACAAUAUUGUAAUUUUUAUGGUGGUGGAAAUGGGUCGGAAUCCGAAUUUAUGGGAAAAUCCAAUGGAGUUCAAGCCUGAGAGAUUCUUAAUCAAUGGUGAUUUUGAUAUCAGUGGAACAAAAGAGAUUAAAAUGAUGCCAUUUGGGGUAGGGAAAAGGAUGUGUCCGGCAUAUCGUUUGGCAAUGCUUCACUUGAAGUAUUUUGUGGCAAACUUAGUCUGGCAUUUCAAUUUUAAUGUGCUUGGGAGAAGGUGUGGAUUUGACUGA